AGAGAGAGAGAGAGAGAGAGAGAGAGAGAGAGAGAGAGAGAGAGAGAGAGAGAGAGAGAGAUGAAUUCUGGGCCCUCAGGGUUUGACAAUGCCCCGGUCACGAAAGCUGCGAUUGCUUUGUCAGCCUGCUUCUCUAUUGUGGGUAGUUGUUUUCGAGUCCUUCGGCAUUUGAACCUGUCGUAUAKCUCUGUCUUUCAGAGGCUAGAGCUAUGGAGGUUGUUGACUGCACAGUUUGCUUUCUCUUCACUGCCAGAGGCAGCAUUUGGCCUCUACCUUCUAUACGUCUUUCGUAUGUUCGAGCGACUCAUCGGUUCAAGCAAGUUUGGGGUGUUUGUGCUUUUCUCUGUGGUGACGUCAACGAUUCUGCAGUUGUGUGGGUUACUGAUUUUGCGAGGCGAUGCUCUCCCCAGCAACAUUGCACUUUCACCUGGCCUGUACAGUCUUAUCUUCUCCCUUUUUGUUCCAUUCUGCUUUGAUAUCCCUGUCUCUUCACGCUUUUCAAUCUUUGGCCUUCRGUUAACCAACAAAACCCUCGUCUAUCUUGCUGGCCUCCAGCUGCUCUUAUCGUCUGGGARGUCUUCCUUUCUCACAGGGAUGACAGGUGUUCUGGCAGGACUGACAUAUCGGACUAAUGUUYUUAGUAUCAAGACAUGGAAAUUGCCCAAUGCCGCCGUCUCAUGGGUUGUGAAGGCUACGUCACCCUUCUCCUUCUUUGCUAAUUAUAGUCUUCGCACUGGUCGCGUAAUUUCUCCUCGCGAUCCAUCUGUGCUUGCCCCUCCAUUGGCCGUCUCUUCAUACCAAUCAUUGCCUGGAAAUGACAGUGAAAGGGCUGCAGGCCGAGCAGUUGGACCAUUACCUCCCUUUCUAGGUGGAGGUGCUCGAUCAGGGUUCAGCGAGUUGUUCUUGCCGUCGCUCAUCCCACCACCACCGCCUCCGACUCCCCCGCCUCAGGAGGCUGUAGAAACUCUUACAGGAAUGGGGUUUGACCGGUCUGAGGUGACCCGUGCUCUUGCGGAUGCAAGGAACGAUGUAACUCUGGCGACAGAUCUGUUGCUGGAAUGGCGUCGCUCAUGAUUCCUUUGUAAACACUUCGUUCUCUCUUUUCUUCUUCUCUCUGUGUGUGUGUGUGUGUGUGUGUGUGUGUGUGUGUGUGUGUGUGUGUGUGUGUGUGUGUGUUUGUUUCUGCUUUGUUGGAGCUGCAGUUGGCUCUGUUUAUUCAGAAAAUUUCUUCCUCCAAUUUUGGAAUAUGUAGUAGGUGCGGUAGCCUUAGCAGGUCACGGGAUUGUAAGCAAUCUUUGUGUGUCUUGUGGCAUACGAGACUCCGACUCCAUCAGUGAAUGAUGCUUGGGCAAGGCCAGAAAAAAGUAUGUUGGAUAGCUGCUGGCUCCUUCAAGUACAGUGAAAGGUAUAUUGGAUGUUUGCUCUUCUGUCAUCCAUUCUCCCAUCUUCGUCAAGGUACCAGUUUUCUUUCCUCUUUGAGUCUUUGGUACCAAUUUGAAAAAAGAGAAAAAAAUGUUAGAGCAACGGUGCAGAAGGGUGUUGGAUGCCUGCUCCUUUACAAUGGCAGAGGAAGGUCUUGGGUGUAUGCUCUUCUGCCAUCCAGUAUACCAUACUCUUUUCUUUUUCUUUUUGUUGAAAUUCGACAUUCAUUCCACAUUCUUUCAGGGUGCCAGUUUUCUUUGUUGGCACCGCUAGUCAGUACCUCUCGGUUUGCUUUCCAUUUUGUCUUUAUCUGAUUUGUCCCACAGUGUGCAUGAAUCAUAGAACCUGAACUCAAGAAGUAAGAAAGGGCAUGCUCGCAAUAGCACUUCUCGUAGUGUAUCUAACUGCAAUUAAACCAGAACCUGGAUGCAUCUGACUGUAAUCCAAUCCAGAGCUGAGUCGAAAAGCCCCAAUG